GUCUGCUCACUGUACUGUAUGCAUGCACAUGAGCAUGGAGAAAUCCUAAUGAGGUUGCUAAGAAAACAGGUUGGCCUGGAAUGAAGCCAAAUGUACAGCCUGAGCUGUAGUUUCAGUCUCAGCCAACUUGUACUAGUAAACUGUAUAUAGAAGCCAAGCCAAUAGAAGCCUAGGAGAGAUGUCAUCAGCACAAGCGAUGCUUGGCAUGCGGUAACUUGCUCUAUGAUUGACCACAGCGGGAGCUGAGACUUCCCCUAUCUCGAUCGUCUCUCUUUUGGCUGGGAGCCCAGUAGACGGCUCCUUGGUUUCACUGCAGUGUGUGGGCAGGCAGAUAGGCAAGGCGUAUAAAGGCUCCCUCCCGUCACUUCCUCCUGUGUGUGCACACAACUGAUCAGGAUGGAGACUCAGGUGUUCAUGCCAGUCAAAGGGGAUGCAAUCGAUCACUCUCAGACUUGCCAACAUCCAGCGGGCUCCCCUCCUGCCAGACGCCCGGUGUGGUGCUUCUGCAAGUGGGUUAUUGGGGUGGCAGUGGCGCUGACGGUGGCACUGGUGGUGGUGGUGGUGGGGGCACCAUGUCUAAUUGGAUCCCUCUCCAGCUCUCUUCAGAACAAUUCGACAGGCUGCAAUGACAAAACAGAACAUCUCAAGAAGACAGCUCCUUGCAGUAACAAGACAGAACAUCUCAAGAAGUUGCACAGUUUCACAAUAGAAGAGGAGAAGGGUCUGUACACUGUCUUCAAAGUUCCAGAAGAAGGAAGGUACCUCCUUUAUGGUGUAGUGCAAAUUGAGGGGGAUCAGCAUCAAGAAAAACAAGCAGCCAGGGAAGUCAAGCUUUUCUUCAAAGAAAACUGUGAGAGUUGCAGUAGCCAGACCAUUAUAGAAAAGUCCAUCCCCAACGGAACAAAUCCUGAGAUCUUCUUCUUCAGUGUAACAAAACUGUCUAAAAACUCGAUAGUCAAACUGCAGUUUAACACACAGGAAACUGUGAAACUGCCCUCUUUUCAGGUUUAUAAAGAAGAAACAUGUUGCCAUUGUACAUAA